AUGGAGAUCUCAGGCCCUGUCGACAUCGUUGUGCACGAACCCGAGGAUAAACUCGAACCGACUGUUCACAUUGAUAUCAUCGAAUGCGCAAGCAGUGCAUCCAGCUCCAUUCGGAUACAAGACAAUGAAGCCCGCCCCGCCGAUGGCGCAGUCAAUGGGACUGCGGAUAAUUUGGAGGCCGCUGUGCAGCCCACAGUUCCCUCUAUGCCGAGUCCCGCUCACCCCCCCGGCCCACUUCCUGUAGAAUAUGUCCUUGGUUCAGCUGAGCCCGUAGACGUAUUCAUGCCGGAGGCCUUCCGCCCGAAAGGCAAACUCACUAGGCCCACCAGUGUGCGUCACACCAAGCUCAAGUCCAAGAAGAAGAAGGGCUUGUGCCUCGUUUGUUGA